CUCGAGCGUAAUCGUUGCUUAGUUUAGAGUUAAGUGUUGGCCGACCGGGACUUGUGCAUCGUUCAAAAAUACAAAAAGCCACAAGAGAUGGCUGCAUGUGAUUUGUGCAAGAGCAAGUGAGACGGAAAUUCAACCGUGAAAUCGGAAAUCCUCAAAAUCGUGCUGUUGUUUUUUGUUUCUUGUAAAUUCAAUAAAAGCAAAAUAAAUUCCUGGAAAAUCGAAAUUCCACAAAUACGCAAGUGAUUUAAAAACUAUUUAGUGUUUUCGUGUUUCAUUUAAGCGACUGAUUAUGCAAAUCAGCCUCUCUCGCCGUAAGAAAAAAUUAAGAAAAAUAUUAAUGUUCAGAUGAAUGAAAGUUAAGUAAAACAAAAAAAGUGGUAACAGCACAAAGCAAACAACAACAACGACGACGACCAAAAACCUCACAUAUUCACCAAUACACUGGCGCGUAACCACUAACACCAGCAGCGACGUCUUUGCCCUACGAGUGUUGUAGAUAACCAGUUCUAGAUGAGAAAGUGUAUUUUUUCUGCUAGCCACCGUUGUUAGCCCGUAAGUGCUGAGAAUCUAGCCGAUUCACAUAGAUACUCUUGGCACCCAUACCGCUGAAGAUCUAAGUGUGUGUGUGUGUUUGUGUGUGCCUGCAUUGGUGCAUAAUUAGAUGCAAACAAACUGUUGAAACUGUCAAAUUGAAAACAACUGUUGUCAUAUCAGAUACAUUUCGCUUUCCCGAUGAAUGGGAGAUCCAAACAUUUGACAUCGGUGAAAAUAACCAAAACUUAAAAAUGUCGUCAUUAUUAAUAACACCGCCAUCGUCCUCUCCAUUGGCCAAAUAUCAACGCCAACACCAACAGCAGCACAGUCAUACAACAAAUCAAUCACGUCGAAAGCGAAGAACAGCAAUAACAAAACACACAACAGCAACAACAUUAGCAGCAGGAACACAAGUACCAAGUACUUUCAAUUCAACCAUGUCCACAGCUUCGACGGUGACAAGAAGGAAUGCGUCACCAACAAUUAUCUCCCUCAACGACAUCGAUCACAACAAAAACAAUAACCACAGUACAAGAUCGCUUCGGCCCACUGCGGCUAUCACAUUGCAGUGGUUUUGCUGUUUUCUAAUUUUCCUGCUCUCUACAGAAUCAACAUUUGUUGCGGGCGCUUCCAGGGAAGCCUAUUUCAAUGGAUCGGCUUAUCUGCGUUUGUUGUCGCCCAUGCCAAUCUGGGAUCAUUCGGCAAUCAGUUUUCGUUCGUGCAGAGGUGGCGAGAUUCUGGCUCAGCAGUACAACAAAAACUCAAUAGUCAUCUCGGUGAUAAAUGACUUUUUGCAAAUCUCGUUGGCGGGGCCGGCAGUGAUAGGGCCCAACAAUCGGGUGGACGUCAAGUAUUCCUACCAUCUGUUGGACAAUAAGUGGCACACGAUUCAGUUCAAGUAUGAAUACGGCAAUCUGCUGUUGUUCAUUGACCGCGAAUCAAGGGUGUUCGCCAACUCCACAUACAAUAGUCAGUUUCUGACCAACCAGGACAUCGGCAAUGAGGCAGCCAUUCUGAUUUUGGGUAAUUCCUUUACGGGCUGCUUACAGGAUGGACCGGGACUGCAGUUCAUCAAUGAUUCAAUGACUGUGCAGAAUGCCGUAUUUGGAGCCUGCCCACUGGGCAGUGGACCUUGUUCGGAUCAUGAUGUUCCUCUGAGAAAUCAGGACUUUUGUGCCAACGAUCCCUGCAUGGGCUACGGUCUGUGCAUAUCGCAUGCCGAUGGCUAUGAGUGCCGCUGCACUGCCAGAUACUCGGGCAAAAACUGUCAAAUGGACAAUGGCUCACCGUGCGAUCGAAAUCCCUGCUCAAAUGGCGGCACCUGCUUCGAAGACAGCCGAGGCGACUACCAAUGCAUUUGUCCUCCCAACCACACCGGCAAACAUUGUGAGACUGAGAUCAACAUCAAUCCCUUGUGCCAAAUAAAUCCUUGUUUGAACAAUGGCGCCUGUGUCGUUGCUCCCGGAAGUAAUGCCAUCGAAUGCGAAUGUCCCAAGGGCUAUGCGGGCAGUCACUGUGAGAUCGACAUGGACGACUGUGCGUCGCAGCCGUGCCAAAACAACGGCAAGUGCGUGGAUAAGGUGAAUGGAUUCGUGUGUGACUGUUCAAAUACCGGCUUCGUGGGACCGCUGUGCCAAACGAACAUUGACGAAUGCGAAAUGAAACCCUGUCGGAAUGGUGGCAAAUGCUUUGACACGAACGGCUGGUAUAUCUGCCAGUGCCUGGAUGGUUGGGGUGGUGACUUGUGCGAGAAACCCAUCAGCUGUCAAACCCAGCAAUGUCUCAAUGGUGGAACAUGUGUUGACAAAGCCAUUGGAUUCCAGUGUAUGUGUUUACCCGGUUACUCGGGAGAGCUGUGCCAGCAAGGCCCUCCACCCUGUCCCCAAUGUCCAAUUGACUCUGAAUGUGUAGCUGGGAAAUGUAUCUGCAAGCCAGGAACCACAGGGCCCAUUGGUCACUGCGUCCCCGUAGACACCAGUGCAGUUGUGGCUGCUCCGCCGCUGGCAGCGAGUAGUAGCACGUCCUCUUCUUCCCUAGCUAAUAAUCAACAGCUACCCAGAUCGGCACAGUUGAAUGCAUGCUCCUCUGACAAGUGCCUGAAUGGCGGUACUUGCCAAGGUUCCGCCACGAACUACACUUGUAUCUGUGCCAGUGGAUUCAAAGGUUUCAAUUGUGAAUUACCUCCCGCGGCUGUAACCGUUGGAUGCAAGUGCCUCAAUGGGGGUACUUGUUCAUUGAAUGGCACCCACUGCUACUGUCCCACCGGCUACUCAGGAGACCGGUGUGAGAAAAUGGAGACCUGCACAUUGGCCAACUGCCAGGAUCCCAUGGUGUGCUCGCAGAACAAAUGCAUUUGUCCCGAGAACAAAAUAUGCACACAGUGUGCCUCCCAGCCCUGCCGCAAUGGCGGCGUCUGCUCCGACCUGCCCAAUGGCGACUAUGAGUGCAAGUGUCCUGCUGGCUGGACCGGACGCAAUUGCGUCAAGGAUGUGGAUGAGUGUUCCAUAUCCCCGAAGAUAUGCGGCAAUGGCAUUUGCAAAAACGAAGAGGGCUCCUACAAAUGCUACUGUACACCCGGCUUUACGGGCAUCCAUUGCGACUCCGAUGUGGACGAGUGCCUCAGCCACCCCUGUCAGAACGGGGCCACCUGUCACAACAAGAUCAAUGCGUAUGAAUGUGUUUGUCCGCCCGGAUACAUGGGUCUCAAUUGCGAGACCAACAUAGACGAGUGUGCCAGCAACCCUUGCUCGAUUGGCUCAACAUGCCUCGACCUGAUCAACAAUUUCACCUGCUCCUGCAUUCCGGGCAUGACGGGGCGUUUCUGUGAGAUCGACAUUGACGAUUGUGUGUCGGGACCGUGUCAACACAACGGCGUGUGCAUCGAUGAGCUGGGCGGAUUCCACUGCAACUGCAGUUCGACGGGCUACGAGGGACGCUUCUGCGAAAUGAACAUUGACGAGUGUGCCACCAACCAGUGCGUGAACGGUGCCGAGUGCAUCGAUGAGGUGAAUAACUAUUCCUGCAAGUGCCACGACGGUUUUCGCGGCAAGAACUGUGAGUUCGACAUUAACGAAUGCGAAAGCAAUCCCUGCCAGUACAGUGGCACGUGUCUGGAACGGUCCAAUCUGACGUUGUAUGCUCUGAGCCAGACCAUGGAUCUGCCGAGCAUUUUCAGCCAGCAAUUCAGUUUCCAAAACGCCAGUGGCUACGAGUGCGUCUGUGUGCCUGGCAUCAUGGGCAAGAACUGUGAGAUAAACAUCAACGAAUGCGAAAGCAAUCCUUGCAGUAAACACGGCACCUGCAACGAUGGCAUUGGCACCUACACCUGUGAAUGCGAUCCUGGCUUUGAGGGCACCUACUGUGAGGUCAAUAUCGACGAGUGCGAGCGUUACAACCCAUGCGGGGAUCAUGGCACAUGCAUCGACCAAACGAAUGACUACGAAUGCGACUGUGACGCCAUGUAUGGCGGCAAAAAUUGUUCGGUACCCCUGAUUGGCUGCUUGAGUGCUCCCUGCCUUAAUGGGGGCAUCUGUAAGCCGUAUCUGGUCAACGAAACGGAUCAUCUGUUCAACUGCUCGUGCCAGCACGGCUUUCAGGGCGACACCUGUGAGAAGACGACAACCAUUUCCAUGGUGGUCAGCAGCUUGAUCGCAGUUAAAACGCAACGCGAAGAGGGCUAUGAUAUAAAUCUGCAGUUCCGUACCACAUUGCCCAAUGGGGUACUGGCCUUCGGUACUUCGGGAGGACAAAAUGAACCCGUCAGCUAUAUUUUGGAGUUGAUAAAUGGACGUUUGAAUCUGCACUCGUCAUUGCUGAACAAGUGGGAAGGCGUAUUCAUUGGCUCCAACUUGAAUGACAGUAACUGGCACAAGGUGUUCGUGUCCAUCAACACCUCCCACUUGGUUCUGUCGGCCAAUGACGAACAGGCGAUAUUUCCCGUGGGCUCUUAUGAAACUUCCAAUGGCAGCCAGCAGCCCUCGUUCCCCCUGACAUACCUGGGCGGCACCAUUCCGAAUUUGAAGUCGUAUUUGAGGCACUUGACACACCGUCCCUCGAGCUUUGUGGGCUGUAUGCAGGACAUUGUUGUCAACGGCAAAUGGAUUUUCCCCGAUGAAAAGGUCCUGGACAAUAACACCAAACUGACAAAGAUUGAGAGCGGCUGUCGUCGAACGGAGCAGUGCAAUCCGAAUCCUUGUCAUUCCAACGGACGGUGUACGGAUCUGUGGCACACCUUCUCCUGCACAUGUCAACGGCCGCACUUUGGCUACACCUGUAAAUACAAUAUAACGGCCGCCACGUUUGGGCAUGAGAACACCACCCACUCGGCUGUAAUUGUGGAUACCAAUGACGUGGCACGUCGAGCUAUACGCUCGGUUCUGGAUAUUUCCAUGUUUAUACGCACGCGACAACCAACUGGUCAGGUGUUCUAUUUGGGCAGUGAUCCUCGCAAAACCAGGGGAGUGGAUACCGGCAACUCAUACGUAGCAGCUAAACUGCAAGGUGGCGAACUGUUGGUGCGCAUGCAGUUCAAUGGCACCCCUGAAGCAUACACCGUUGGAGGAAACAAACUGGACAAUGGCUACAAUCACCUCAUAGAGGUGGUGCGGAAUCAAACGUUGGUCCAGGUCAAACUCAAUGGCACCGAGUACUUCCGCAAGACACUGUCAUCGACGGGCUUGCUGGACGCACAGGUGCUUUAUUUGGGUGGUCCGCCGCCCACCACUGGCGCCCAAGAAACAGCCGUGGUGCCCGGUGUUGAGGUGGGAACGGAAUACGCAACCGUCAAGCCCGAGGAUUACUUCAAGGGCAUCAUCCAGGAUGUUAAAGUAAGCAACGGCUCGUACACCAUGAUUGUCGAACUCUAUCCGCUGCAGGAGGAGGAUUUGGCUUUGCCACCUUCGUUCGGCACCAUUACAAUCGACCGCUCCUCCGUGUUGAAGGGAGAGGUGUCCGAUGACUUAUGUCGCAAGAAUCCAUGUAGACACAAUGCCGAAUGCCGCAACACCUGGAACGAUUACAUCUGCAAGUGCCCAAAUGGAUACAAGGGCAAGGAUUGUCAAGAGAUUGAAUUCUGUCAACUGGUGACGUGCCCCGGCAGCAGUGUUUGUCAAAAUCUGGACUUUGGUUACGAAUGUUUGACCAACAUAACAUUCCGUGGAAAUGAGAAGGCACCCCUUUCCUUUGCAUUCUACAAAGAACCACAACUGUUGGACGAUUCCAAGCCAAAGUUGAAGCCCAUCAUUGAAAUAGCCUACCGGACUCGGACAGGAGGUACUUUGCUCUAUCUGGAGAACCAAGACAGUUUCUUUGAAAUAGGUGUCAACCAGGGUCAAGUUACGGUCACAUGGAAGUUCAAUCAAGAUCCAUUGGGAGAUACGAAGAGAUUUAGCAAAGACAACUCGGAUGGAAUCGAAUGGAGUCGUAUAUUUUUGCGAGCCCAAAAUGGCAAAUUGGAGGGCGGCUGGAAAGGUUGGGAGAGUAUGGUAGACCCGUCGCCCUCUUUCUCGGCCGACAUUGACAUAAAUGCAUUUGAAGAGUUGAUUUCGAGUGGCGCCCAAGUCUACUUGGGCGGCAUGCCAACCGAAAGCCACCAGUCGCGCGGAACCCUAUCAUCGCAGCAGGGCUCUCAGUUUAAGGGUUGCCUCGGCGAGGCCAGAGUGGGAGAUCUUCUGCUGCCUUAUUUUACCAACGAAGAAAUGUAUCCCCGCACUGAAAAUGUUUCGGUGCAGCCGCAUGUGCAAUUCCGUUUGAAUUCCACCCGGCCAGAUGAGGGCUGUAUUUUGUGUUUCAAGAGCGACUGCAAAAACGAUGGCUACUGCAGUGCACCAACGGAAAACUAUGCUUGUACCUGUCAGGCAGGCUACAACGGUGACGACUGUUCCAAUAAUAUUGACGAGUGCGCCACAGCAAUGUGUCAGAAUAAUUCCACCUGCAUCGACAUGGUAGCCCACUUCGUGUGUAAGUGCUUGCCGGGAUACGACGGUCUGUUCUGCGAGAACAACAUCGACGAGUGUGCAUCGCAGCCAUGUCACAAUGGCGGCAACUGUACGGACUUGAUAGCGGACUUCCAAUGCGACUGUACGGAUGACUAUGCGGGUGCGCAGUGCGAUGUGCUGAAGCAGGUGACGUGUGAGAAUUUCCCCUGCAAGAAUGGGUCCACGUGCCAAGAUCGCUACAAUGCGCAGACUGGAAAUAAUUUCACGUGCACGUGUCUACAAGGAUACGAGGGACCGCUGUGUGAUACGCCCUUCUGUGAGGUGAAGCCAUGCGAACAUGGGGGCCUCUGCAUUAUAGCAGACACUAAGAUUCCAAUGUGCCAAUGCAGUUUAGGAUACACUGGUACCUUCUGUGAGACCGACAUUAAUGAGUGCGACUCAAAUCCGUGUCUGAAUGAUGGCGUUUGUACGGAUCUGGUUGGUGGUUACUCGUGUAACUGUACCGACACCGGCUUCGAGGGUGACAACUGUGAGAUCGACAUCGACGAGUGUGCCAUGAGUGUGGAGUACUGCGGUGGACUGGGACGGUGCAUCAACCAGCCGGGUACCUUUAAAUGCAUAUGUCAGGACUCGUUCUGUGGAGCAUAUUGCAAUUUCACCGAUCCAUGUAAGCAGAGUGAUGUGCCUCUCUGCAUGAACGGUGGUAUUUGCGAAGAAGCUUGUGGCGAUGAGGCCGACUACAAUUGCAAUUGCACUGAUGGCUACACCGGCAAGAAUUGCACAAUAUUGAUCACGGCCAAAGAGGAGCCAAGUACGGCAGAUAUCGCGAUUAUUGUAAUACCUGUGGUUGUGGUGUUGCUGCUGGUAUGCGCCGGACUGCUGGUCACUUUCCUGGUCAUGGCCCGCAACAAGCGAGCCACCCGUGGCACCUACAGUCCCAGUGCCCAGGAGUACUGUAACCCACGUUUGGAAAUGGACAACGUAUUGAAACCACCACCUGAAGAAAGGCUCAUUUAGUCAUACCAACGCGUUAUUUAUUUCAAUUCAUUCCUAGUUACGAUAGUUAAGAUUUUGAACGCCGAAUAUUAAGAAUAUCUUCAAACAUUCCGCCCAUUUUACGUUUUUUUUAGAAAAUAUAAACUAUUUUAUUAAUUACGUCUAACGAUAUACACUUAGAUUAAUAACAAACUAUUUUUAACAAAUUUACCCCGUAACGUCGCUGCGCCUUGGUGUGCGUGUGUAUGUAUGUGCUCGAAGACUAAAUCGCUUUCUUUGACCAUGAAAAGAAAACGUCUUUAAUUGGAAAUUGAUAAUAGGUGCCAACAAUUGUUGUUGUUGUUGUUGUUUAAUUUUUCUCCCUCCGGCUUCCACCUCUUGGAAUAUGCACAUGCACACAUUCAAUGAUAUUUCCUAUAUCUUCCCUUCAAGAUAUUUGCAAAUAAUAUAUAAAUAGAUAAAAGUGCCUCCCUCAUCGAAAGCAAUACAUACUCGUACGUGAAACUGCAUCUUACAAGAAAAACAAAAGAACGUUUGACAACAUAUUAUAUUUAAAUUGAAUAAUACUAAAGCAUUGUUUUAUUGUCUAAUUAGUUAUUUCGAAAAUCUUGCUUUAAUUGAAACAUUUGUUAGAAUUUUGCAAAGCAAUAGGACGAAAUUAGGUGUGUAAGAAAGAACACAGACAUAUGUAAAUAUUUUUUAUGAAUACCCCAUAAACUCUAAAUGGAUCAAAUCUAUAAAAAGGCCUCCCUGAACUUCAUGCCUCCCCACCCAACCCAUACUCUUGUAUCGAAUUGUUUAUAAUAACAAAAAAUGUUUUUAUACCAUUUUGAAUAGAACAACUCUGUUUUUUUUUUUUUUUAAUUUUUAAAUGAAUUCAACGCAUGUAUAUGUAUUAUUAUUACUAUUUACUAUUACCAUUACAUUUAUAUGUAAGAAGACUGUAUAAUAUAUUUUGAGAAUAAAUUAUAUCAUAAAUGUUAAUUUAUAAA